ACAAUUAAUGAGGCACUCUCUGGAAUUCGGAAGAAAGACCAGACUAGGCUGAUCUUGACACUCUCCCCUUUCUUAGUCGUUCAUCCCCACAGAGAAACAGGAAUUUUAGGUCAGAAUCAAAAUGGGCAUCCCUGGCGGUGGUCUGGUCUCAACUCUUUGACGUUGGGUGUACCAGGGUGUGUUACGUGCACUUGUGUGUGUUUGAGGGGAGAGGAGCAUUGGAUCUCAUCAGUUUCUCAAGAGUCUAGGACCCCCAAAAUGGUUAAGAACACGGGCUUAGCAGUGGACAUUCCCUGAAAGACGUGAACUUGGCCUGGUUGCUCCUCCAAUGCUCCAGGUCACCACACCCUGGAUUUUCACUACUGUGUGUUUGCAUCUUGCUGUGCAAGAGUAGUGUUUUGUUUUAGUUUUUGUCUUAUUUUCCCCACCAAACUGCCCAACGGCGCUGUGCCCUCUCGUCGGCCAGCCUGUGGUUGCCAUGGUUCAGGGCUUCCACCGUGGUGGCUUUGCAGUCGCUGUAAUCGCUUGAACUGACUUCACUGGUGUGUGUAAGGAGAACAGCCUGGAAGGCAGGCACGGACUGUUAAGCCUUUGUUCUGAGUUGGACAUAAAUUCAUGCCCUUACUGAAUUUGGGUUUGGCUGUUUUUGGAACCCAGCCAAUGUCAAGUUCUAACCCAUGACAUGGUCUUUUCAGAGAAGCACAAACUCGGGAGAAAUCAGGCUGCUUUGUCAAGCCCUCACCCCUUCCAGCUUGCAUGCGUACAAACUGUUCCAAGUAACAGGAGAUGUUUCCAUGGCUGAGCCGUUCCUUCCUUGGCAUGUGAUCCAGUCACCCUGAAUAUCUGUUGGCCUCAUCACACCCAAGCCCUGCAGUCUGCAGCCCCACGUCCCCCUCCUUCCAUCCGCCUUCGGCCUCUAGAGCCUCAGCCCUCCCUCUCGCCGGGAAGCCUUGCCCCCGCCCCUUCGCGCCGGCCCCAGCUGCUGCUCUCAGCUCUUCCUUUGUCACAGCUCCGCCCAGUCGGACACACCCGCUGGGGAAGGUUCCUCCAUUUCUUCCCCAGUGGUCUGGGGUCUGAGUUUACACUGGCAGAGAUGGACCGUCCAAAACCCAAGGUGCUCCCGGCGGGGCACUGCUGCCCCUCCCUGGGAAUGCGGGCCUGGGAGGCCGGCAGCGCGAGGUUCUCAGUGCCACCCUCCAUCAGGAGCUCAGCCAUGGUGAACGAACCCAGAGGGCAUGGCGGCCCCAGCCCCCGCUGGGAGGGCAGCAGCAGUGGCAGCGAGAGCUCCAAGGAUAGUUCAAGGUGUCCCACACCGGUGCUGGACCCCGAACGACACGAGAGGCUCAGGGAGAAGAUGAGGCGGAGGGUGGAAUCUGGGGACAAGUGGUUCUCCCUAGAAUUCUUCCCUCCUCGAACUGCUGAGGGAGCUGUCAAUCUCAUCUCAAGGUUUGACCGGAUGGGGGCAGGUGGUCCCCUCUUCAUAGAUGUGACCUGGCAUCCAGCAGGGGACCCUGGCUCAGACAAGGAGACUUCGUCCAUGGUGAUCGCCAGCACUGCCGUGAACUACUGUGGCCUGGAGACCAUCCUGCACAUGACCUGCUGCCAUCAGAGCCGGGAAGAGAUCACGGGCCACCUGCACAAGGCCAAGCGUCUGGGCCUGAAGAACAUCCUGGCGCUGAGGGGAGACCCCAUAGGUGACCAGUGGGAAGAGGAGGACGGAGGCUUCAACUACGCCGUAGACUUGGUGAAGCACAUCCGAAGCGAGUUCGGUGACUACUUCGAUGUCUGUGUGGCAGGUUACCCCAAAGGCCACCCCGACGCAGAGAGCUUUGAGGCUGGCCUGAAGCACCUGAAGGAGAAGGUGGCCGCGGGAGCCGACUUCGUCAUCACCCAGCUCUUCUUUGAGGCCGACACUUUCUUCCGCUUUGUUAGGGCUUGCUCCGAGAUAGGCAUUACUUGCCCCAUCCUCCCCGGAAUCUUCCCUAUUCAGGGCUACCGCUCCCUCCGGCAGCUUGUAAAGCUGUCCAAGCUGGAGGUGCCGCAGCAGGUCAAGGACGUGAUCGAGCCAAUCAAAGACAACGACGCCGCCAUCCGUAACUACGGCAUCGAGCAGGCGCUGAGCCUGUGCCGGGAGCUUCUGGCAAGCGGCUCGGUGCCGGGCCUGCACUUCUACACCCUCAACCGCGAGAUGGCCACAACAGAGGUGCUGAAGCGCUUGGGCAUGUGGAUCGAGGACCCCAGACGUCCCCUGCCCUGGGCCAUCAGUGCCCACCCCAAGCGCCGGGAGGAAGAUGUCCGUCCCAUCUUCUGGGCCUCCAGACCAAAGAGUUACAUUUAUCGCACCCAGGAGUGGGAUGAGUUCCCCAACGGCCGCUGGGGCAAUUCCUCCUCUCCGGCCUUUGGGGAGCUGAAGGACUACUACCUCUUCUACCUGAAGAGCAAGUCCCCAAAGGAAGAGCUGCUGAAGAUGUGGGGGGAGGAGCUGACCAGUGAAGAAAGUGUCUUUGAAGUCUUUGCCCACUACCUCUCGGGAGAGCCGAACCAGAACGGCUAUAAAGUUACUUGCCUGCCCUGGAAUGAUGAGCCCCUAGCGGCUGAGACCAGCCUGAUGAAGGAGGAGCUGCUGCGAGUGAACCGGCGGGGCAUCCUCACCAUCAACUCCCAGCCCAACAUUAACGGGAAGCCGUCCUCCGACCCCGUCGUGGGCUGGGGCCCCGGUGGGGGCUAUGUCUUCCAGAAGGCCUACUUAGAGUUCUUCACUUCCCGAGAGACAGUGGAGGCGCUUUUGCAGGUGCUGAAGAAGUACGAGCUCCGGGUGAAUUACCACAUCGUGGAUGUGAAGGGUGACAACAUCACCAACGCCCCCGAGCUGCAGCCCAACGCCGUCACUUGGGGCAUCUUCCCUGGGCGAGAGAUCAUCCAGCCCACAGUGGUGGACCCAGUCAGCUUCAUGUUCUGGAAGGACGAGGCCUUCGCUCUGUGGAUCGAGCAGUGGGGCAAGCUGUAUGAGGAGGAGUCCCCAUCCCGCAUGAUCAUCCAGCACAUCCACGACAACUACUUCCUGGUCAACCUGGUGGACAACGAGUUCCCGCUGGACAGCUGUCUGUGGCAGGUGGUGGAAGACACGUUUGAGCUUCUCAGCGGGCCCCACCAGAGCAAGAGGGAGACGGAGGCACCGUGACCCUGAGCCCUGACAGCCUUAGCUUGAGGCCACUGUGUCCCGCCUUCCUCCUCUCCGUCCUGGUUCUCUGGGAGACCCCCGUUCUCCUUCGCUUCCCCCCACCCCCUGACACGAUGAUGGCAGCUAGACUGGUGUGAGGAUUCCAGGCUCUGGCUGGACCGGAGUCCGCCCCACACGGGAGCCAGGUGUUCCCUGCUUAGCUGAGAGUCUGUGCUCCCGUGGGAAGCAGCCCCAUCCCCCAGAGGAGCAGGUGGGCAGAACGCAUCCUCCCUGAGAAGGGUUGUCAUUGACGGAGCUCCUAGGAGCCAGCCUGGGACUGCCAGUGACCUUGCUCUUGGGGCCUAUGGAGGACAAGCAAAGCGAACAUGGCAGUGGGCUCUGUGGGACUGCAGAGGAGACAUGGCGAGGUCAAGGCGCUGCAGCCUUCCACCUCCAAGGCGUUGGCAUCCAGGCACGACCCACUCGGGAAUGAAGGGGCGGCCCACUGCCCUGCCAGGGCCUGGUCCCUGGAUGGGCCUUGGACUGAAACCUAAUAGUUGUCGCCUCCUAGCCGAGAGCUCAGCUGAGUUUCUCCCUUUUCUACAGCGCUGGGUUUUUUUUUUGUUUUUUUUUUACAUCUUUAUUGGAGUACAAUUGCUUUACAAUGGUGUGUUAGUUUCUGCUUUAUAACAAAGUGAAUCAGUUAUA